AUGGAGGGCGUUGGCGCGCGGUUAGGGCGCUCGUCGGCCCGUUACGGCCCCGCGAUGACGUUCACGGGGCCCGUUAGGAAGUGGCGGAAGGAAUGGGUCACCAUCUCCGCCGCCACGGCCACGGCCACCUCCGCCGCGGCCUCCUCCACCGGGACUGGAUCUCGUGGAAAUAACCUCAUCCUGUUCAAGUGGACCCCGCUGAACGGCGCCAACGAAGGAGAUGAGGAGCAGACGGCACCGGCGAAGACGGCCACGAGAAGGCGGCGGUACGUGCCGGUUUCUGUAGUUCAAGAUCAAAGGCAAGAAUCUGCCAAAUCUGAUGAUGAGAACAAGGCUAAUGAUGGAGAACCUUCAUCUACGGAAACUGAGCAGUCUAUUGGGAAAACUAAUAUGGAUGAUAUACUUAUGGAUGAGUCCCAGGCAUCAGAUGAGGUUCGAGAUUCUGGAAAUUUCGUUGGUGGAACCGAUCUAAAUCUGAACUUAGGUCCGAAAGACCCCGACGGUGAAGAUGAAGGUGAUACAGGUAAGCAACACGAGGCUCGAACAGAACACAGAUUGAAGAGGAAAUCUGUUACCCCUGACCUCGAGAUGAGAAUGUAA